GAGAGAGAGAGAGAGAGGGGGGCUUUUGGCAGGAGCCACAGGAAUAAGGCAGUGAGUUCUCAGGGAGUGGUGUGGAACGUCAGGACCAGAGACAGGAGUCAGGAAGAGUCAGUGCUAGGUCAGUCGCCAUGGGUGGUGUAACGGGACCAGUUUUCCUGUGGCUGCAGGAUGUGUUAGGGGUAACUCUCCUCAGAGCCCGCAGGACUCUACUGCAGGCUGCCAUCCUCUUCUGCGUUCUAGUGCUGCUGGUCUGGGUAGCCAUCUUCCUCUAUGGCAGCUUCUACUACUCCUAUAUGCCCACCGUCAGCUUUUCUACACCAGUGCACUACCGCUACAGGUACUGAGAGACAUCAUGGAAAGUUUGUUUUGUGGCUUUUUGUCUUCAAAUUGGAAGUUAAAUCCACUCUUUACUCUCCUUUCACUCACACUUUGAAUGGUUUAUUUUAAAAAUAAAUCAUUGCUUUUGCAUGAGCAUUUAGCUACACUUAACAAAAUACUCAUAUGCUGUUGCACCUGAUUUUUGUUUUGAGCUAUUAGUACCAUGUCAAUGUAAAAAGUGUAGGCCCAUAACAUGUCACACUUUUUUUCCUUACCACUGUUUGUUCUAGUACCGAUUGUGAUGCCUCCAAUUCAGUCCUCUGCUCUUUCCCCGUGGCUAACAUCUCGCUGCUAAAGAAUGGCAAAGACCAGGUAUGCUCUUCACAUAUUAACCAUUAUUUUCCUCACCCCCUCUAUCCUGAGCUAGAUUCUAAUAUAAUUUCAAUAUGCUAAGAAAUUAUCGCUGUAGUCAGGUAUGCUCACUGUCUCUCUUACCGUAUUCUACCCCUUAUUGUCUUUCCUAGGUUAUGAUCUAUGGUCAGCCAUAUCGAAUCUCUUUAGAGCUGGAAAUGCCUGAGUCGCCAGUCAACGAACAGCUUGGCAUGUUCAUGAUUAAGAUGUCUUGCUACACCAAGGACGGCCAGACAGUUGCAGCUGUGGCGCGCUCUGUGAGUGCUAAAGUGCUAUGUUGAUUCUGUUUGUCCUCCUACUAGACCAAUCUCUCUUCUGAGCCUCUACAAACAUUUCAGUGCUUGGUGGCACAUAACUGGAUUCUCGACGUAGCUCACUGUAAUAUAUCUACUGCUGUGUUUAUCAUUCUUAGUAUAUCGUUUUGGUAUAUAUACGCAUAGAUUGCAUUUGGAUUACUGAUACAGUGUUAUUUGGGUUGUUAACUGGAUUCGUUCUGACGUUUAAGAUGUAUUAUUUCUAGUUUUUGAUUAUUAUGUGUGUACUUGUUUGACAUUUUGGCUGCACUGUUAUGAGCUAGUAACACAAGCAUUUCGCUGCACCCGUUAUAACAUCUGCUAAACUGUGUACGCAACAAAUACACUUUUAUUUGAUUCCUUGAGUGUCCUCCAACAUAACAUUUCCUCUAAUACUUCACAAUGUUAGAAUUGAACAUGGACAUUUUUGUUAUUUGAUGAUUGUGUGGCCCUUAUAUUCUCUACCAGGCUAUGCUGCACUACCGCUCUGGUCUCCUGCAGACCUUGAAUACUCUACUGUUCUCUCCUCUCCUGCUGACUGGGAUGACGGAGCAGAAGCAGCUCGUUGAGGUUGAACUCUUCUCAGACUACAAGGCCAAUUCUGUAAGUGUUGCCUGUACAUAUCAAAUCAAUUUUCCUCUCCCACAGAGCUUGCACUUAGUUCUUGUCAUGCUGUCUGCUCUGGGCCUGCCUACUGAAUCAGAUCGUCAUGAUCCUGUGAUCACAAUUUGCAUGUUAUCUGAAUCAUUUCAUUUUUAUUUGAUGUAAUUUGAUUUACCAAGCAUACUUCCCUUUCAGCAGCAUUUGAUGUUCAUGUGCUUUCAAUUAAACCAUACAUGGACGGAACUAAUUUAUUAAGAAGCAGUCCAAACAAAUACAACCUGAGUAAAAUGUCCUCUUUCAAAGUGAGAAUGAGUUGCCCAUCUUAUUGGACUUUUAAUAAUCUCGCAAGCCAGACCACUUAGUCUCGCAUUUGUUCAGUUCUGCAAGACUGGCCAAGUCAGACUUUUUUAGGUAAUAAGGUCAAAAUAUUUGUCACUCACUACAGUAUCAACCCACUGUUGGUGCGGUCAUUGAGAUCCAGUCUCGGCGGGUGCAGAUCUAUUCAGCUCAACUCAGGAUCCAUGCUUUCUUCACUGGCAUCAGGUAUAGACCUCCUCCCAAUCGUAUCAAUUAUUUCUGUUUCAAAUCCAGAUUAUUUGAGGCCAAUUAUCAGAAUAAAUAGAAUGUCAUUCGUUUUCUUACUGUUGUAUCUUCCGUUCUUUUGUUUUCAUCCUAUUCCCCAUCCAUCCUUCUCUUUCUCCUUUCUCUGAACCCUUUGUCUUAAUAGAUACCUCCUAUACAAUUUCCCAUUGACGUCUGCAGUGAUCGGCGUGGCCAGCAACUUUGCCUUCCUCAGUGUCAUUGUGCUUUUCGGAUACCUGCAGUUUAUAUGGGGGGGACUUUGGCCUCCUGAGCAGGUCAGGGUAAGAUGUUGUCUCAUUUUCUCCACUGUCAUAGGAUGUUCCCCAUCUAUACAGUGGGCGGCAGGUAGCUUAGUGGUUAAGAGCGUUGUGCCAGUAACCGAAAGGUUGCUGGUUCUAAUCCCCGAGCCGACUAGGUGAAAAAUCUGUCGAUGUGCCCUUGAGCAACGCACUUAACCCUAAUUGCUCCUGUAAGUCGCUCUGGAUAAGAGCGUCUGCUAAAUGACAAAAAUGUAAAAUGUAAAUGUAAUAUAUAUCUACAUUAAAAUAUCUGCUUGGAGCUGAUCCUCAAAACUUCAACUGUGUUUUGUUUGGUUUAUCAUGUCCGUAGGUUAUGAUGGGAGACACGACUCGCCUGCAGCGGAGAAGAGAAGAGGCUCGGAAGCGCAUGUCCUUCUCACAGAGUGAGUUUGUUCUACUCUACAACACGCAUCACACCCAUUGUGUAAAACAGACAUAACAUGGUUAAUCUGAAUGUGUUUUAGCUCAAAUGCCUCAGAAAGAUAAUGACCGUGUGGCUGAGCAGUUGGAAGAACCUAGACAACAAGCAUCAGCAAUAAAGAAAGGUGAGGGUAUUAGGCUUUCUAUAAAUAUUGGGGCCAAUGUGUGACAUUGUGGUCAAAAUUUCAAAAUAGUUUAGAGGAAUACAAUUGAAUGUAAGCAAAUUGGCCCAUAACUCCACCUAUACAACAACAUAGGCCUAGGACUAUACAUCCUUUAAGCAGGGUUCAUACAGACAUUGGCAAGUCAAAUUCAAGGAAUUUCAGGGAUUUUUUCAAGCAUUUAAUUGUCAUUUUCAAGGACCUCAAUGUCAUACAAUUGUAUAAUUUAUAUAACUGAUUUUUUUGUUGCCUAUGUGGGCGACGCAGGCACUGGAAGUAGUUUGGGGGUGGGGGUGCUGCAAUUUUUCUCUUCAACCGGUGGGGGGAGUUUUGCCCGCUGCAGACGGCUAGUCCGCUAUUACAGGACUAUUACAUUUUUUACAUUCAGAUUUAGAUUAUGUCGUCCUCAUAAUAACCGCAAUUGGUUUUACUGCAACAAGAGUAGCGCAACACUCUUCAAUUGAAAUAGUGGGAAACAAAUGAAAGUGGCCACAUCUCUCACAUAAACUGAUCAAAAAUGAAAUUGCAGAUAAUUAUAAGGGAGCAGGGGAACUUAUACAUUGGCUACAAUAAUUACAAGGACUUUUCAAGCAGAAUUUCUGAGCUCUAAAUUCAAGUAAGCUACUUCAAGCCCCUUGUAUUGUUUAGAAUUGCAGGUGUAACAUGGAAAACAAAAUGUAUUUGUCAUGUUAUUUUAUUUUCCAGAUCAUAUUGUGAAUAAGUCCACUAGGAUAUGUAAUUUGUUUUCAUUAUAUCCAGAAUAAUUAAUAGGUAUAGCGCUGGGUGUUGCGCAAUAGUAUAUCCUAUACAGUUGAGCACAGUAGACUGUGUCCAAUCCGAGGCAAAAAGUAUGAAAACAUGAACUGAUUACCUUGAUGCUUUUUCUGUUAAAUCUAACUAGACACUGCUGUAAAUCGAGCUGACCACCACAACAGAUUAUCAACAUCAAUUCGCUAGGGAAAUUAGAGCCAACGUGGAUCCAGGCACAACUGUCUUCACCGGUGUAACGAAUGAGACACCAUUUUUCCAGCACUUGGGCUAUCACAACAGCCGUUCAUCACUUGACUCUCAUUUGGAAAAUGUGCAUCCAUCAAGUAUUAUGCAUAAUUAUUGAAGAACCACGCUGCUCCUGAGUGGCGCAGCGGUCUAAGGCACUGCAUCUCAGUGCUUGAGGCGUCACUACAAACCCCCUGGUUCGAUUCCAGGCUGUAUCACAACCAGCCGUGAUUGGGAGUGCCAUAGGGCGGCGCACAAUUGGCCCAGCGUCGUCCGGGUUUGGCCGGUGUAGGCCGUCAUUGUAAAUAAGAAUUUGUUCUUAACUGACUUGCCUAGUUAAAUAAAGGUAAAAUUAAAUUAAUUAAUAAAAAAUGACAGUAUCUAUUUAGGUUUUAAGUAUCAAGGUAAGAUGACUAUUUUGGCUAGAAGCAUUCAAUUUUGCAAUUGCAUACAUCAUUUUGGAUUUGUGUGCCCAUGAAAACUGUUUUCACCCUGUAGCUGAAGGAGACACAAUGUUACAUAGUUACACUGCAUUUCUGAGAUCUCUAUACAAAAAACUGUCCAAAAGCUAGAUCCAGGAUUCCAGUUCAAUGUCUAAUUUAACUGAUUAAUGCUUAAUACAGUGCCUUCGGAAAGUAUUCAGACCCCUUGACUUUUCCCACAUUUUGUUACAUUACAGCCUUAUUCUCAAAUGGAUUCAAUUGGUCUACACACAAUACCCUAUAAUGACAAAGCAUAAACAGGUUUUUAGACAUUUUUGCUAAUUUAUAAAAAAAAUAAAAAAAACUGAUAUAACAUUUACAUACAGUGGGGAAAAAAAGUAUUUAGUCAGCCACCAAUUGUGCAAGUUCUCCCACUUAAAAAGAUGAGAGAGGCCUGUAAUUUUCAUCAUAGGUACACGUCAACUAUGACAGACAAAAUGAGGAAAAAAAAUCCAGAAAAUCACAUUGUAGGAUUUUUAAUGAAUUUAUUUUCAAAUUAUGGUGGAAAAUAAGUAUUUGGUCAAUAACAAAAGUUUCUCAAUACUUUGUUAUAUACCCUUUGUUGGCAAUGACACAGGUCAAACGUUUUCUGUAAGUCUUCACAAGGUUUUCACACACUGUUGCUGGUAUUUUGGCCCAUUCCUCCAUGCAGAUCUCCUCUAGAGCAGUGAUGUUUUGGGGCUGUCGCUGGGCAACACAGACUUUCAACUCCCUCCAAAGAUUUUCUAUGGGGUUGAGAUCUGGAGACUGGCUAGGCCACUCCAGGACCUUGAAAUGCUUCUUACGAAGCCACUCCUUCGUUGCCCGGGCGGUGUGUUUGGGAUCAUUGUCAUGCUGAAAGACCCAGCCACGUUUCAUCUUCAAUGCCCUUGCUGAUGGAAGGAGGUUUUCACUCAAAAUCUCACGAUACAUGGCCCCAUUCAUUCUUUCCUUUACACGGAUCAGUCGUCCUGGUCCCUUUGCAGAAAAACAGCCCCAAAGCAUGAUGUUUCCACCCCCAUGCUUCACAGUAGGUAUGGUGUUCUUUGGAUGCAACUCAGCAUUCUUUGUCCUCCAAACACGACGAGUUGAGUUUUUACCAAAAAGUUCUAUUUUGGUUUCAUCUGACCAUAUGACAUUCUCCCAAUCCUCUUCUGGAUCAUCCAAAUGCACUCUAGCAAACUUCAGACGGGCCUGGACAUGUACUGGCUUAAGCAGGGGGACACGUCUGGCACUGCAGAAUUUGAGUCCCUGGCGGCGUAGUGUGUUACUGAUGGUAGGCUUUGUUACUUUGGUCCCAGCUCUCUGCAGGUCAUUCACUAGGUCCCCCCGUGUGGUUCUGGGAUUUUUGCUCACCGUUCUUGUGAUCAUUUUGACCCCACGGGGUAGGAUCUUGCAUGGAGCCCAAGAUCGAGGGAGAUUAUCAGUGGUCUUGUAUGUCUUCCAUUUCCUAAUAAUUGCUCCCACAGUUGAUUUCUUCAAACCAAGCUGCUUACCUAUUGCAGAUUCAGUCUUCCCAGCCUGGUGCAGGUCUACAAUUUUGUUUCUGGUGUCCUUUGACAGCUCUUUGGUCUUGGCCAUAGUGGAGUUUGGAGUGUGACUGUUUGAGGUUGUGGACAGGUGUCUUUUAUACUGAUAACAAGUUCAAACAGGUGCCAUUAAUACAGGUAAUGACUGGAGAACAGAGGAGCCUCUUAAUGAAGAAGUUACAGGUCUGUGAGAGCCAGAAAUCUUGCUUGUUUGUAGGUGACCAAAUACUUAUUUUCCACCAUAAUUUGCAAAUAAAUUCAUUAAAAAUCCUACAAUGUGAUUUUCUGGAUUUUUUUUUCUCAAUUUGUCUGUCAUAGUUGACGUGUUCCUAUGAUGAAAAUUACAGGCCUCUCUCAUCUUUUUAAGUGGGAGAACUUGCACAAUUGGUGGCUGACUAAAUACUUUUUUCCCCCACUGUAAGUAUUCAAACCCUUUACUCAGUACUUUGUUGAAGCACCUUUGGCAGUGAUUACAGCCUUGAGUCUUCUUGGGUAUGACGCUACAAGCUUGGCACACCUGUAUUAGGGGAGUUUCUCCCAUUCUUCUCUGCAGAUCCUCUCAAGCUCUGCCAUGUUGGAUGAGGAGCAUUGCUGCACAGCUAUUUUCAGGUCUCUCCAGAGAUAUUCGAUAGGGUUCAAGUCCAGGCUCUGACUGGGCCACUCAAGGACAUUCAGAGACUUGUCCCGAAGCCACUACUGCAUUGUCUUGGCUGUGUGCUUAGGGUCGUUGUCCUGUUGGAAGGUGAACCUUCGCCCCAGUCUGAGGUCCUGAGCACUCUGGAGCAAGUUUUCAUCAAGGAUCUCUCUGUACUUUGCUCCGUUCAUCUUUGCCUCGAUCCUGACUAGUCUCCCAGUCCCUGCCGCUGAAAAACAUCCCCACAGCAUGAUGCUGCCAUCACGCUUCACCGUAGGGAUGGUGCCAGGUUUCCUCCAGACGUGACCCUUGGCAUUCAGGCCAAAGAGUUCAACCUUGGUUUCAUCAGACCAGAGAAUCUUGUUUCUCAUGGUCUGAGAAUCUUUAGGUGCCUUUUGACAAACUCCAACCGGGCUGUCAUGUCCCUUUUACUGAGGAGUGGCUUCCGUCUGGCCACUCUACCAUAAAGGCCUGAUUGGUGGAGUGCUGCAGAGAUGGUUGUCCUUCUGGAAGGUUCUCUCAUCUCCACAGAGGAACUCUAGAGCUCUGUCAGAGUGACCAUCGGGUUCUUGGUCACCUCCCUGACCAAGGCCCGUCUCCCUCGAUUGCGCAGUUUGGCUGGGCAAACAGCUCUAUGUAAAGUCUUGGUGGUUCCAAACUUCUUCCAUUUAAGAAUGAUGGAGGCCACUAUGUUCUUGGGGACCUUCAAUGCUGCAGACAUAUUUUGGGACCCUUCCCCAGAUCUAUGCCUCGACACAAUCCUGUCUUGGAGCUCUACGGACAAUUCCUUCGACCUCAUGGCUUGGUUUUUGCUCUGACAUACACUGUCAACUGUGUGACCUUAUAGACAGGUGUGGGCCUUUCCAAAUCAUGUCCAAUCAAUUGAAUUUACCACAGGUGGACUCCAAUCAAGUUGUAGAAACAUCUCAAGGAUAAUCAAUGGAAACAGGAUGCACCUGAGGAAAAAAUAAUAAUUAAAUCCAUUUUAGAAUAAGGCUGUAACGUAACAAUGUGGAAAAAGUCAAGGGGUCUGAAUACUUUCUGAAUACACUGUAUUAUAAUGACAUUUUGGGACGUUUUGGUGUUUGGCUAGGAUUUUGUAGGCUGUUUGGGCACACAUUUUUCUCAAAGCCAGCUGAAGUUUUGGAGCCAAAUCUACACCCCUUCGUCCGUGAUUGGUCAACUGUAGGGUUCUGAAUACUUUCCAAAGGCACUGUAUAUGAUAUAACGACAACUUACACUGGCAUAAAUGCAAGGACAGAAAAGUAAUGUUUUAUGUUACACGAUUUUGGACAAUUCCGUCAAGACACCAACCAUGAUAAAGGGUUAAACAUAUGUUUUAAAUCAACUCCUGGUUUUUAUUGAAUAUAGCUAUGAUCCCCCCUUAUAUCUUAAUGUAAUUACAUGAAAAAAAUUGGCAGACUAUUUUCAAUGACUUAUCAACAGCUGUAACAAGUUGUCCAGUGUAGGAAAUCCUCACUGAUAACCUAGUUUAUAGAAAGAUCCAUUAGAAUGUGUGAGUAAAAGUGUAUACACAAGCUAUACACAACAGUAUAUUAAAUCAACUGAUCUUGAUUUAAUUUAUACUGACUCGUCUCACAAUGUGUUAGAUUACUAGUUUGGGCAGACUUUGUGUUGUUGUGGAUUUGUAGGCCUACUUGAAGAGUGGUUAUGGAUUAUGAUGACAGGUUAUUUUUAUGUUUUGUGUAACAUCAUGCUAUUAAUGUUACCAUACUGUCUUUUGCUCAGCAAAGUUGCUGUUUACAUUAUAUUCUUGCAUUCUGUCUCUACUACAGUUGUAACGGCUGUUUGUUUUUGUAGUGGAGCUGGAAACACCAGAUGUGAUUGGUUCCCUGAAGGAGCCCUCUGGUUUGCCAGAGAAUCAAACAGGUAAGACUCUUUCAGACGAGGAUUGUUGACGCUCUGCCUUUUUCCUGAACUACUUGAGUUAUUUGUAAUAACCUUUCGCUGUUAUAAUCAUUUAUUCAGUCUAACUCUACCUCCCUGUGUUAGCUAUAGGGUCGUCAUCAGAUGUGCCUCCGAAGGCUCCUCAGAUUAACGAGACCGAUGCAAGUGAGGAGGAGCCUGCUGAUCCGCAGGAUAAAGGUGCAGGAGCAGUCCUGUGGGAGGGACACCAGGUACCUCAGCCAGGGGAAUCUACGCUGCGUCAGAGACAGGGACCCUGGAUGAGUCUGUGAACCAUGGAUCAUCGCUCAGACAUUAAAACGCUCACAGGUCCCUCAAUGUGCCUUUCACUGACAGGCAAAGAGAGAGAGAGAUUGAUGUAUGGACAGAAGCAGAAAGAUUGACAGACUGACUCCUACAAACUCCCUGCACUCAGACGCAUCUGCAAAUAUUCCAUAUAGCCUAUCCUUUUAUUUAGCAUGUAAUAUAAUAAUAAUCAUAUAAUGUAAUAAUAUAUGCCAUUUAGCAGAGGCUUUUAUCCAAAGCGACUUUGGAACAUGGCAUGAUAGCUAUGCUCUUUGAUUUUUCAACGAUCAACUAGUGUCAAGGUUAUAAGCCUCCUUCAGUUAGGCAAAUAUUUGUAGGAUUUAGCUCAAUCCUGACUUGCAUGUCUUUCAGAGCAAUGAAAAGAAUCACUCCGGUCUUUAAGCACUUAUUUAAUUCCCUAGCCUGCAUCAUUGUAGCAGAGACAGUUGUUCAGCCUUUUUGUUUUACGAAUGAGUCUUAAGGAAUGUGAUUGAGCAGGUACACAAGCAUAGUUGAGAAUGCCUUUUGUGCCUGUGAUUGAAGCCUAUGGUUACCAUAAGAAUCAGAGAGCCCUGAGCUGCUGAAUGAGGACCCUGCAGAUUACACUGUUACACAUUUAAUGUUUCUCCAGAGUUAUUCAUCUUAAACGCAAGGAACAUGCAUUAUGUUUACGCCUUUGCAGAAGGUUAUUGGAUGAUUUUCCUUGAGCCACUUAGAGCUGUUACAGGGACCACCACAUGUUGAAUUGAAUUUAUUUGGGCCGAAACAUAUACAGCAAGAUGUACAUUGUAUUCCCAAAGGAUAGCACUUAAAAGUAUUUAUUAAAGCACUUUUUUCCAAAGUGGACCUCAAUAUUACUUUGUUUUUAAAUACAUGUAUUUUUUCUGUUUUAGAUAACUAAUGAGAAUUGUGUCAGUAUAUGAAUGAUCAGAAAGAAUGAAGUCAAUUUAUACAAAUUUCAAACCGAAAAAUAUAUUUGACGCAACUGAUUAAUGCUCUGGUUGUUUACUACUUUUAGUUUUAUCGACUUUGAUAUCAAAUCAGUCAUAGUUUUGUUUAUUUAAUUACAGUGCAUUAUCAUGUUUUUCUUUACCUGCAAUUGUGUACAUGCAAUGAUUGCUUUUAUGUUAUUUAUGCUUUAAUGCCCAGGUUUUUAAAAAAUGCUGUGCACAAAAUGUGAAUACAUUCAAUAUUUUGUUGUUAAUCAGGUAAAAUGGUGUAUGCUGAUGAUAACAAAUCUGAGGUUAUUUUCCGGUGAAGUGGUUCUUUAAGAGUUAAUAGUGUCCUAGUAGUAGGUAGUGAAUUUUUCACUGAAAUAUAACAAUGCAGUGACAGUGCUCUGUAACGUCCUGGUAUUUGAUGUGAAAUGUGUUUAUGACAGGGUUUUCUUUGUGCCAAGUUCACACCAAUGUUGAAAUAAGCAGCCUCUGACUUUCAGUAUCACAACAGCCCUAUUAUACACUGAACAAAAAUAUGAACGCAGCAUGUGAAGUGUUGGUCCCAUGU